AUGCAGGUGAUCUUAUGGUCACACACUGAGAUUGACCACGAAGUCUCAGAGUCGCUCCUUAACGAACAACCUGCUGAGGCUGACAAUCAAGGAGCGCGUGAAACCAGCGGUCCCGAAGCCAAGGCCACGGUGAUCGCGAAUGAUCGACCAGACACUAAGCGCCCAUCCCCAGCGCUUGGACCCAACGAUCCCCGAUGGCCGGUAGGGCUUAGAUUGAAUUGCGGGACGACCCCACCCCAACUCGAAGUUUCUGCAACAUUGGACAAUAAGGCGAAAGGAGCCGCGCCGGGCGUUCAUCAGAAACCGCCACAAGAGAGAAGUUCGCGCUCGUUUUGGAAGUGUUGA